AUGGAAGUAUUACUCAAAGAACCAUCUGAACAUUCUCAUGUACCUGAUCCAGAUCGGCUGCACCUCAUUCGACUUAAAAAUGAAAUUAAAAGUCGUGGUGCAUCAUCAGAUGAAGGAGCUAGUACGAUACUAUUUGAUGUAUUACGGACAAUUCCAUUAACUAUAACUACUGAUUUACCUACAAAUGGCGCAUUGUUGUAA